AUGACACCUCUUCGCUCUUCUCUCCCUUCUCUUUCACACGUUGACACUUCCACCAUAACCACAUCUACAACCAUGCUAGCUACAGCACAAACCACCAUCCACACGUUUCCAGAGUUCCAACCGCACUUUCGAACGUCGAUUAAACACAUUUCGCUGCAAGAUGCCCUCCCCCGAGACUUCUCCGACAUGUACGCGCCCGAGGUGGUCAACGACCCCUCGGUGCUGCUGGCGUCGGGACGACCCAUCUUCACACAGCGAGAGCUCAUUGACUGGACGAAAAACGACAUCCGAUCGCUGCUGAUUGUCUGCACCAAGCCCGACCACGGCCUGCUCCCCAUCUCCACCCCCGGCUUCCGAUACAUGUACCUGCCUCUGGACUCGACCGACGAGGAGAUUAUCGCCACUCUGGUGCAGUCGGACCUGUACCGAGAACACGGCUUCGACCCGUCCUUCCUGCGACAGACGGCCCAGUACACCGUGGAGGCCGCACGGAUGCGAGCCGACAACGCCAAGGUGCUCACCAAGCCCCAAUGGAGAAACAUCAUCGAGAACUACCUGCUCAACCUCGGCUGCGAGGCCCAGUGCCGAGCCGACUUCAAGCGUGCCUGCCAUAUGGCCAAGCAGCCCAAGUCCAAGCUGGCUCGGGCCCCUUCUCUGGAGCCCAUUGACGAGCACAAGUCUCUAUCUUCGUCGUUGCUUCGACAGGCUCUGCUCAACACUUCUCCUGAACUCAAGGCUGCAUCUCUCAAGAAGCGAAAGCUCAACAAGUCGGAAAAGCAGCAGAUCUGGGUCAAGGUCCAGACCGAGCUGUAUUCGCGGCUGGGUCUCAACUGGGCCGCUGACGACUUCAACUGA